AACACCAUCCAAUGGCCUGUACCUAUACCAAAAGACGCUGGCCUUAAUCUCAUACGAAUCGAGAUGUUGAACCUGGGAGCAGAGUAUGCGUGGCUGGAUGUUCUCUGUUUGAGACAGCUGGGUGGCCUGGGGGAGCAUCUACGCGUAGAGGAGUGGAAGACAGAUGUGCCUACCAUCGGAGCAGUAUAUCGAGAGGCGCCUGUGGUCUGCUAUUUCAGCGGGCUAGGUCGGCCACUGAGUUUCAAAGACGGUGACUUUGAGAGUGAUCGAUGUUGGUUUAAUCGAGCUUGGACAUUGCAGGAGAUACCCAAAGAUGAGCCGAAAAUUGGUGGGGAAACAGGAGACGAUGGCAUGAUGGACGAAGAAGGACUUUUCAAGUUCAAAGAAAAAUUGGGAUCGUUGCGACAGAUGAGGCUUGGCGACUUUGGAGAGUCUCUAUUCACCAUUCUGCCGCAUAUGCAGAAGCGCAUAUCAACGAAUCCGGUAGAUAGAGUCGCUGGGUUGGUAUUCCUUCUCUACUCAGAUGGUAUCCCAAAACACGAUGCAACCCAGUCCGAAGAGGAUGCCUGGGUAGCGCUCGUAAAUGUCCUGGAUGUUUAUCGUUGUGGAGAACUGUUCCUCUUGUACCCCGAGCCUGGAACUGGAAAGAAACAUUGGCGACCAACAUGGGAGCAGAUA